CUUCUGUGGCUCCUCUCCCCGAUGACGUCAUGGUUCUUGUUCCGAAUGUCGCGAGCUCGCUCAGGGGCCGAGGCCGCGCGCUGGGUUGAGAACAACUUCUAGAAAUCUGAAGUCCAAGGUCGUUGACAGUCCUCGGUACCUUCACAUUCAGGAAUAUCCUCUCCCAUUCCCCUUGCCCCUCUGUCAGAGCAUGGCUCAGGAGACCAAUCAGACGCAAGUGCCAAUGCUUUGUACUAUGGGAUGUGGUUUCUACGGUAACCCUCGCACCAAUGGCAUGUGCUCUGUCUGCUACAAGGAACAUCUGCAGAGACAACAGGGAGGAGGACGAUCCAGUCCCCCAGCAGAGAAAGCGGCCACAUCACCCUCAAGAGCAGCUGUUGUUCCUGCGGAGGGAACGACCUCAGAGCUCACAACAGAAGUACAAGCAUCUCCACCUGAAGAACAAACUACCAGUCCUAGUUCUCCAAGCCCAGUAACUCAGCAGAUGACAGCGAUGAGCAUUUCCCAGGAGUCUGGAGCUGUAGAAGCAGAUCAAGCAGAAACGGAGGAGGGAGACGAUGAAGACACCUCCAACAGCACAGAACCAGCCAGUGAAGCAGCACAAGCCUCUUCAGACGGCGAACAAACUCCGGACAAAAACAAGAAAAAGAACCGCUGCUUCUCCUGCAGAAAAAAAGUGGGCCUUACCGGUUUCGACUGUCGCUGUGGCAACCUGUUCUGUGCCAUCCACCGCUACUCGGACAAACACGACUGUCCCUACGACUACCGGAGCGCAGCGGCCGCGCGCAUACGCAAAGAGAACCCCAUCGUGGUGGCCGAGAAGAUCCAGAAGUUAUGAGGACGAAUGUCUGAAUAAAAGCCUCCGGAGUUGAACUGUGGCGACCUGGACGGAAACACCUGAAA